AUGGAAGCUCUGCCAAGCGAGUUGAUUACUGACAUUGCACGAUGGUUGACUCAAGGAGAACGCUAUGCCUGCAUUCAAGUGUCCAAGCAGUGGCGUGUAUUGUUCAUGGCGCAUCUCUACCGUUCGGUGCACAUUAGGGAUCGGCAAGCCAUGUACUUGUUUCUCAAGGCGAUUCGACAAACGGCAAGCGAUCAGCUACUGGGGCAUUAUGUACGAGAGAUAGUGCUUGGUAGAGGAAGUCGACCAUUGAGGCCGUAUCGUGCAAACGAGUUACGAGAUAAGACGUAUCGAUUGGGAUUAUCAUGGCCACGUUGGCAAGCGUUGGUGCGACUCUGUCCUAACGUUGAGCUGCUCGAUUUCCAUUGGACGACAUGGCUUGAAUUGGAUGAAGGAGGAGGACAGCAAAGGGAUCAUGUUUUGUUUCCAUGGAGAAGGUUACGAGGUGUGGCACCAUUUCACAACAGCGGCAUUUUUUGGCAGGUGCUUGAACAGCAUGGCUCACGAUUAACACGACUCGAGUUGACACGGGCUGUAUUGGAACAUACAAUCGAUGCAUGGCAACCCAUCUUGGCACAGACACCUGUACUUGAAGAACUUGUUUUGACAAGUGGUAUCAGCUUUGGAACGUUGAUGACAGGACCAAUGCUAUUGUACAUUGAUGAUCUAUUGGAAGCUUGUCCCUUGUCACUCAAAUCGCUCUCACUUUCGAUGUUCAAACUCGACAUUCGACCACAACAACACAACAACAACAACAACAACAACCAUCAUCCCUAUCGCCAUCUUACUCGACUUUGCAGCAUCGACAUGUACACAGUUGAAUUCGUCACGCCACAUCCACUCGAUUAUAUGGCAAAGGCAUGCACCCACCUUGACAAAUUGGCGAUUGGACGAUCAGUAAUGUCAUUUGAUGCCGAAUACAGUAAGGAGACAUUCAUGGAUGCACUUGUACGGGUCUUUGCAGCAAAUCGUCAAUCGUUGCGUAAGGUGUCAAUGGAUUCUUCGUGGAGCAGUUCAUGGGUAUUGGCAAUGUUGCAAGUAUUGGAGCGCCAUUCGCUAUUGGAGCUUUGCAUAGGAUCACAUCAUGGACGCCUGCUUGACUCAUCAAGUGUUCGCUGGUCACCUGAUAAUUACGACGCCGUGCUAUCAGUGCUUUCAUCACGUGCUUCUACCUUUGAGAUAUCAUUGAAUCCGCAGCAUACGAUCGACUUGGGUCAUCAAUUAGCCCUUCCAUUACAACGCACAUGUCCUUUUCUCUUUGAACUUGAGCUCAAUGGCGCACAGCAAGAGAUCCCGCUCGAUAUCAUUCUUCAAUACCUUCCUAGCUUACAUCGACUCAAGCUUUGCAAUGCUCGCGUUACCAUUCAUCAUCAACAAAAUUGCAUUUCAGCAUCAUCAACGAGGAGGAGUCGACUACAACAUUGUGGAUUACAUUUGGCAUUUGUGCAAAAAGACAUCUUCAAUUGCCUAGCAACCAUGUGCCCAUCCUUGACGAGCCUUAGCCUUUCAGCAUGUCAUUUUCAUACGACGCUUCCUUCCGUGAGCUUAGACAUUGAUAUGCCGCAACAUACGCUACGACAUGUCAGCAUCCAAUCCAUGAGCGCUGUAUGUGAAUUGCCAGAUACCACCACCAGAGAGAGGAUACACACAUUGGGCAUGGGCAAAUGUCUAGCGCUCGGUGUAUCAGCAUCAUCACAAAAAGACGAGACAAUCAGGUUUUAUCACGUGUCGUAUUAUCGCCAUUCAUUCACUCGGGAGCUGUUGUCAUUACCAAGAGAUGCAUUUCCAUAUCUUUCAAGAGAAUCCAUCCCGCAUCAUGGAUCCCAGAACGACCUCGAAGCAUUGCAAAAGGAUUGGUUCAAAGCCCAUCGACAACAACGUGCAAAUACCAUGGGUAGCUCUGUUCCAGAAAAGAGUUUUGGUUAUAUAGCUUUGCAUGCACACUAUGUACAUAAAUGCACCUUUGAAGACACUUUGGUACCCUUCUCACCACCCAUCCAAUAA